AAGAGGAUGGUUCAACCAACCCACGAGAAAGCAAUUUGAGGGACAGCCUAUGGGUUAAAAAAACAAGAGUUCAGUGUGGGAGGUGGGCGUUUCUAUAGUCGCCCUUUUCAGCUGACUACUUCGACAGGCUCCAUGUUAACUUUCUGCGCGUCCGGGGAUGUGCAAAGUGUACCUGGUGCUCUUGGACGGUUCCUCUCUGUUCUCUCCGUUCUUUGUUUUUAAAUCCAGUUUGGCCCAUUGCAGCGAUGGAAUGUCGCGUGUUGUCAAUUCAGAGUCAUGUGGUCCGAGGAUACGUUGGAAAUAAGUCGGCGACUUUCCCUCUGCAGGUUCUGGGCUUUGAAGUAGACUCCAUAAACUCUGUGCAAUUCUCCAACCACACAGGAGGUGUUCUGGGUCAGCGAAGGGCCCAUAUUGAACUUGGUGCUCUGUUUGCAUGCUACGCCCAUUGGAAGGGUCAAGUAUUGAAAGCUGAUGAGCUCAAUGUGCUGUAUGAGGGCAUCAAGCUCAAUAAGGUCAACCACUAUGACUACAUUCUCACAGGGUACAGCAGGGACACGUCCUUCUUGAUGGCCGUUGUUGACAUUAUUCAAGAGUUGAAGAAGGCCAAUCCCAGUUUGGUAUAUGUUUGUGACCCUGUAUUGGGAGACCAUGGUGCAAUGUAUGUCCCAGAAGAACUUCUGCCAGUGUAUCGGGACAAAGUAGUGCCUUUGGCCGACAUCCUUACCCCCAAUCAGUUUGAGGCAGAGCUGUUAACUGGACGGAAAAUCCGCUCAAUAGAAGAUGCUCUUGAGGCAAUGGAGCUACUUCACAAAAUGGGUCCAAAAACUGUUGUACUCACUAGUACUGACUUGCCUUCAAAUCAAGGAGAUCAGCACCUGGUGGCCCUUGGGAGCCAAAAAAUAGUAAAACCAGAUGGGAGCCUUACUGUUCAGAAGAUUUGCAUGAACAUCCCCAAAGUUGAUGCUGUGUUCGUGGGGACGGGAGACUUGUUUGCUGCUUUGUUGCUUGCCUGGACUCACCAUCACCCCAAGGACCUGAAGGCUGCCUGUGAAAAGACUGUUUCGGUCAUGCACCACGUAAUUAAGCGGACCAUUACUUAUGCUAAUGAUAAAGCCGGACCAGGGAAAAGGCCAAGCCCUGCACAGCUGGAGUUAAGAAUGGUUCAGAGCAAAGGCGACAUUGAGAAUCCUGCCAUCGUUGUGGAAGCUAAUAUUUUACACAAUUCUUAAUAUCUAGGAUAGCAACAUUCCAGAACAAAUUUUGAACAUCUGGAUGGGUAUAUACAGGAUUUUCCAAUUCAUGUCACGUAUUUGCAUCCUUCCAAAUUGACGAUGUUCAACUGUUAAUGGCCCCUUCAGAAUCACUGCCAUAUACAGUAUCUCUCUACUAUGACUUUUGUAGAUAUCACGUUCCCUUGCAUAAUUUUAAAGAAAGCUAUUAUCGAUAUUAGCCAAUAGGGCUUGAUUUUAAAGACCGUUUACUUGACCACUAAAUGCACUGCAAUAGAGUAAACACUGUUAGCGAGUGAUGCAUGCUUGCUCAUGCUUCUGCUGUCAUAACUCAUGUCAUCGCUAAGAUUGUUGAUCUUUGAACUUAACUGUAAACACUUGACACAAUAGGUUUGGAGAAAUGUCACAACUUAGUCACUCCAUAUAAAUAAUAAUGAUGUCAACAUUUGGCAGUCCUCUGACGUGAUUGUAUAAAAACAUAAUAUACAUUGCAGGUGUAUAAUGUUCUUAGAUUAAAUAUGGAUGUUGCAAGCUCAGGCAUUGACAUUUAAGGAAUUAAGGUACCGGUAUGUGUGCAGCUGAACUGGUGUUGAAGUUGUUAUGGUCCAUUGGUACUUUAAUUGUUAUUCAUUACCCAUUUUUUGUUUUAGAAUUUUAGUUUUGCUUCCAAUCCUGAUUAUAUGUCCUAAAAUCCAUCCUGUUUAUAAUUCACCCCUAUCAAAGUAGUAGAUGUAAUUUAUUAGGUCCUUGUCUUAAAACAUCUCAAAUUGAGGUAUUUGCACAGAUAAUCUUUAAUAGAGUUUUAACUGUAUUGAUGAUCACUAUUUUCUUCAUUGCCAUAUCUCCAUACUGGGCAAUAGCCUUAAAGCAGUUGGGAAUCUAAACAGGUAAUGAAUGUUUUUGUGUACAACUGUAUUAGUUGCUCAUCACAAGUCAUGUUUCAAGGCCAAAACAUAAAGCCGCUGCUCUGACAGAGCAAAUCAGAAAACAGACCUACCAUAAUAAAUACAAUUUAAUAACUA